GCAACACUGUAACCCUAAUAAUCUAAUGUAAUAAACGCCCAUCCAAAGUUUUAUUGAAUUCCUAGAGAAAGUAUGGCCGCUUCUGCGGGUGCCAGAACAUCCGCAACCGUACAAGCUAAACGUUUUUGUGGCCUAGGGAAUCAUUACCUCCAGGAACCGCACAAGACCAUUCAAGAUGCUCAUCUUCUGCAAUUUGCCAAGAAGUUAAAUGAGGAUUUGCGAAGCACCACUCUCAUUUGUGGCAACUGUCUGGAUGUGCUGCAAUCGGCUUAUGCGAACAAAUUGAGAAAUGCCAUACGCCAUAGAAACAGACGACUUGCAGCUCAAUCUGCUACUAUAUCGGAUGUUAGUUGCAGUCAAUCAUCAUCGUCAUCCGAUAAACCAACCACUACUGCAGCGGCAGCCGCCAAACGAAAGCGUAAAGGAGAAGCACCACCUGAGGACGACGGCAAUUCUAGCGAUGACUCCUCGCUCAGCUUAAAUGCGGUGAAUGGGACGCGACUACCAAAUAUACAGCCGAUCCCAAAGCGACGUCAGGUCAAUCGGUCUGGAAUAGAUUUGGAUAUUUACUUGGCCGGCACAACGGGUGGCUAAUGUGGAUAAUUGUAAUUCCAUUUUGUCGUGUUUGCUGUUUGCUCUUUUCAAUAAACUAAAUUGUUUUAGACUCAAUGUAUAACUUUUCA